AUGGUCGCAUAUCUCUACUCCAAGGUUCCCAAAUCGAGAACUCUAGUAAAAAAAAUGUCUAAGUUUCAUGAACUAACCCCAUUGGAUAGAAGGGGUGAACCCUUCCCCUUCAGUCAAUUAGAAGGUAAAACAGUUUUGAUCGUUAAUGUAGCCUCGAAGUGUGGCUUUACUCCUCAGUAUAAAGAACUCGAAGAGUUGUAUAAGAAAUACAAGGAUCAAGGUUUUGUGGUUAUUGGCUUCCCUUGUAACCAAUUUGGACACCAAGAACCUUCCACUGACGAAGAGAUCGGACAAUUCUGUCAAUUAAACUUCGGUGUCACCUUCCCUGUUUUGAAGAAAAUUAAUGUGAAUGGUCCGGAAGCAGAUCCUGUUUAUGAAUAUUUGAAGGCUCACAAGUCCGGAAUGUUGGGUUUCAAAGCAAUUAAAUGGAAUUUUGAGAAGUUUUUGGUUGACGGUAAAGGAAACGUUGUUGAGAGAUACUCUUCCCUAACUAAACCUUCCUCAAUUGAAAAGCAAAUUGAAAAGCUUCUAGGUAAGAAUGGUAAAUAA